AUGGCACCCUCAGCCCCUUUCAACCCUCCUUCGGCCGACCUCCCUGGCAAGCCUUUUGUCCCUACCUGGGUUCCGCCUCCAGUCACUCAGCAGAAGGAGAAUUUCGCUGAACUUAGCUCGAUUGAUCUUUCCUUGUUGGAUUCGGAUGACCCUGCUGUAGUUGAUAAACUUGUUCAGCAGGUCAAGAUCGCCAUUCGCGAUGAUGGGUUCUUGUUCCUUGAGAACUACGGGGUUUCUCUGGAGCAGCUUCAUCGUCAGUUCUCUAUUGCCCAGUAUCUUUAUCACAACAUCAGUGAGGAGGACAAGCAGCGUCUUCUUUUCGAUCCUGAGACUGGUGUUUGGUCUGGUUACAAGCACCCCUACGGCUUUAAGCGCAACCGUGGACCUGAAGACGGCAUCGAACAAUUCAACUGGUACAAGCCCGACUGGCAAGACAUCAACCGUGUGCCAACAUGUCUACACCCCUUCAUGGACGAGAUCGAAGAAUUCGCCAACUAUCUGACAAAGUCCGUCAACCGCCGUCUUCUCACCCUUUUCUCCCGGGUCCUCGAGUUACCCGAUGACUACCUCUGGAACAAUGUGCAGUCACAGGGUAGCCCAACCGGCGAGGGCUACUUCCGCCACGCACUCUUCCGUCCCGUUCAGAAGAAGACUCAAGAAGCCUCCAAAGGCCUGCGCAUGCAUGGUCACACUGACUUUGGUCUGACUACACUCCUAUUCUCUGUUCCCAUCUCAUGCCUGCAGAUCUGGGGCCGUGAUGAACAGUGGUAUUACGUGCCUUACAAACCUGGUGCACUUGUCAUUAACAUUGGUGACACCCUUGAGAUUGUUUCCGGUGGACACUUCAAGGCUACUCGUCACCGUGUGUACAAGCCUCCUGUUGAUCAGUUGAACCAGGAGCGUCUCUCAUUGGUGCUGUUCAACAGCUCUGUUGGUGACCUGCGUAUGGGUCCUGCAAUUGAAUCGCCACUUAUCCAAAGAGAGGGCUGCAUCGAGGAGCAGGGUGUCUACAAGGAGUUUAAGAACCUCACAUCCCAAGGAAAGCUCGUUCCUACCAACAAGCAAUGGCGUGAGAUCCAGAUCUCUACUGCUACGGAUCCCACAGAUCAAGUCCGCAACAGGGUCGGUGCUGAUCAGGUCCUCAUUGAUGGCAAAAUAAUGCACCAGCGAGAGUACAUGGGUGUCAAGGUUGUCCUGCCCGUUUAG